UGAAUAUUAGAUCUAUUUUAUACUUUAUCUGUGAUUUUACAUAAAAAGAAAAUAUGUUUAUUUUCCACAUGCAUGAAUUGAUAUUGUUGUCAACUCAUAGCUUGGUAGCUUUCAUUUUGUUGUAAUUUCAUGUAUUGGCAAUUAUAAAAGAAGUGUUAGAAUUUUCAUGUUUAAAAAAAAGUGUAUUAAAAACAAUUCAACACAACAUAGUUUCAUUUAUAUAUUUUGCAUUAAAAAUAAAGUUGAUAUUUGAAUUAUAUAUAACAGGAAAAAUAUGCUUUCAUUGGAACGAAUUCCAGAUCAAAUUGGGCAUUUAAUUUUGACAGAGGAUGGUGCAGUGUUAACGUCUGGAGGUGAACUAGAAAAUGAUGAAAAAUUUGCAAACAUUAUUGUAGGUUUAGUUACAUUAACCAAUAAAAUUGAUCCAAAAGCAUUUCCUAAUAAUGAAGUUUUUGAUAAAAUAUCAAUAACAUAUCCAGAUCAUUGUUAUAUUAUCUGUCUUUCAAAUAAAAAGAUUCAUGUAGUGAAAAAAAAAUUGGUAUCCUCAACAACAGCAAUUGUUGAGCAACCUCUUAUUGAUGUAUAAAUAUAUUUAUUUAUACAAGAAUAAAAUUAAAAUAUUAAGCAA